AUGGUAAGAGCUCCUUGUUGUGAAAAGAUGGGAUUGAAGAGAGGUCCUUGGUCUCUUGAAGAAGAUCAAAUCCUCAUUUCUUACAUCCAAAAACAUGGUCAUGGCAACUGGCGUGCUCUCCCAAAACUAGCAGGCUUGUUAAGGUGUGGGAAGAGUUGUAGACUUAGGUGGAUAAACUAUUUGAGACCUGAUAUCAAGAGAGGAAAUUUCACAAAUGAAGAAGAAGAAAGUAUCAUUAAGCUUCAUAAAAUGCUAGGGAACAGGUGGUCAGCAAUUGCAGCAAAAUUACCUGGAAGAACAGACAAUGAAAUAAAAAAUGUGUGGCACACACAUUUGAAGAAGAAACUAAACAAAAUAAGCUCAGAAUUAUCUAACAAAAGGGUGGUAUCAAAACAAAAAAUCAAACGUUCUGUUUCAAAUUCAAGCACAAUAACUGAAUCAGAAUGCACUACUAGUUCUAGUGAUUUUUCAUUUGUUGAUGAAAGAAAAGAUGUAAUAAAAAGUGAAGACAUUGAGUCUAUGGAGGAACCGAUGCCAGAAAUUGAUGAGAGUUUUUGGUCAGAAGCAGCAGCAUUGGAUGAAACUUCAACUGAUAUGCCACCAAGUUCUUUAACAAUCUCAAAUGAGAUAAUGCCACUUCCAUACCCUUCUGACUGUGGUGACAUUUUUCCACAAGAGAGUAAGGUUGAUUAUAAUUCUAACUUAGAUGAUGGCAUGGAUUUUUGGUAUGACAUAUUCAUUAGAAGUGGAGAUCAAAUAGAAUUGCCAGAGUUCUGA